CAGCGCUCAGCCAUCCAGCUGGUUCCACAAUUACCGAGCUCAGCAUAUGCCUGUCGCAUCCAAGGGCAUCUCGUGCUUCGUGCCUUGUUCAUCAUCAGUUUCCAUCAAUUUCCAGCCAAGGCUUCCGUCUACUCUGGUGGUGCUGGGAGGCUCGGUCUGAGCAUCUUCAUCGUCUAUCAUCAUGGCGAUACGCGAGGAAAUCGUGGCGUCUGCGGUAAGUUUUCUACAAGACCCUAGCGUUGCGUCGUCAUCUGUCGAGAACAAGAUUUCGUUUCUUCGAACCAAGAACCUGACACAGGAGGAGAUUGAUGCUGCUUUGGCCAGAGCCGGGGGCAGCAGCGCGGUAGCCGUUGCUGCGGCUCCCUACCCAAGCGCGCCACCGCCGCAGGGUCCUCCUCAGCAAUAUUACCAACCCUAUCCUCAGUAUGCUGCAUGGCAACCACCUGCGGCAGCGCCGAAAAGGGAUUGGAGAGAUUGGUUCAUCAUGGCUACAGUGGUGGGCGGAGUCAGCUACGGGCUUUACUCUUUGGGCAAGCGUUAUGUAUACCCUCUCGUAGCGCCGCCUACCCCUGAAAAGUUGGAGCAGGAUAAGAAGUCGAUUGAGGAGCAGUUCGACAAGGCAUUUGCUCUGGUUGAACAGCUAUCGAAGGAUACGGAGGCGCUGAAAGAUGCCGAGAAGCAGCGGACAGAGCGGCUAGAUAUCACACUAGCAGAUCUCGAGACCAUCAUGACAGAACUGAAGGCCGCGAAUAGGCGCCGGGAAGAUGACGCGCAGCGCAUUCGCGACGAAGUGCAGGGCCUUAAGGACGCCAUUCCACGAGCCAUGAACAACCAGAAGGAACUGACCGACAACCGACUCGCCGAAAUCAACACCGAACUGACCAGCCUCAAGACCCUUGUCUCGCAGAGGAUGAAUGCCAACUCCAAUGUAUCUGCUUCCAGUGGCUAUUUCCGAGGCAACAAUGGAUCCAACGGUGUCAACGGCGCCGGCGCAAGCAGUGGAACGACAUCGCCCCCACCGGCGGCUGCCCAGUCUGCAACUUCUCCUUCUAAUGAAACUCCCACGGAAACGAGCUCCACGCCAAAGCCCGAGGCCGCCAAAAGUGCGUCUCAGAACAGGUUUAGCAGAAGCUCUGGCUCCGGUGGCAAGGCGUCAAUCCCGGCAUGGCAGAUGGCCAUGGCCAACCAGAAUGCCGGGUCUGCUGGCUCUUCUUCCGGCAAAGAAGCUGAGAAGGCGACCGCCGACGCCGCGGCAGGCAGCUCGUAAAUCAUUCGCUAGUUGAUUUUCGCCAUGCAUUGUACGAUUUUUGCUCUAAAUUGCGGUUACUGUUGCGCUACGGAUAAAGGGACAAUGCAGACAUCAAUUGGAUAACGGCUGGAGCGUUGCUUGAUCAAAUUUUUAUGUAUUUAAUAUCAAAUGGACUAUACUUUUUUUUUUCUUUAUCAGUAGUUGCUAGAGGGUAUAAAUUAUGUCAUUGAAUAAGCCAGG